CUUGGUACCAACAGACCGACAAAUCCCUCCCGGUGCUCCCGUCUCCCCCUCCUCCUCCUCUCUCCUCUUUCUGUCUCCUUCCAGCCAUGAUCCGUGGCGGGAUAAUUCCCAGACGGUCUUCUUCCUCCUCUCCUCCUUCCUCCUCUCCUCCUCCUCCUCCUCCUCGCGGGGCCGAGCGACACGACCUCCGACAGCCAACCGCUUGCUGAGUCCAGGCGUGUGCGUGUGUGUGUGUGUGUGUGUGUGAGGUCAUGUCGGGCAUGACGAGCGGCGUGUGUGUGGAGAGCGACCUCACCUCCAUGCUCCAGAGAAGCUCCGCCCCCUCUCACCAUCACCCCAACCACCACGGUUACGGCGGACAGGGGCAGGUCUCGAGUCUGGCGCCGAUGCUGGAUUACACGACGGAGAUGGACCGCUACCGCUCCUCCAUCGCCAGCUUCUACAAGACCAACGUCAACAUGAACAUGAACGUUGCAAACUUCCCCCAGUCGGCCAAGCUGGCGGCCCGUUUGGCGGCGGCCACUCCCAUUUUCCCCCCCGCCGCGGCCCGCUUGGGCACCAUGGCGACGGGACCUUGGGGUUGUCAUGAGAACAUGAACAUGAACCACCCGGCGGCCAUGUUUUGGGGUCGCCCAAAACCCGUGGCGACUGCGCCCUCUCACCACCACCACCAUCACCAUCCCUCGGCAGCGCCGGGUCACAUGACCUCCACGCACCACAGUUCCACCGUACACCAGGGCAGCGGCGGCGGGUCUGGGGGAGGGGGAAGUGGAGGGGGCAGUGAGGGGGGAGGGGCUGAAAAACACGGACACACCCCCUCACUUCCUGUGACGCAGGGAGCAGCUCACCAUCACCCCAUGGCCCCCAGCAACGGGAACUUCCUCCCCGCCUACAGCGGCGGCGCAGACUGCGGCGUCAUGAACAAGCAGGGACACGCCGAUAUGAUCGGCCUAUCAGAGGGAGGCAGCUGCAAUGGGGGCGGGGUCAUGGGCGGGGGCUUCUUGGGGGGGCUCGGAUUACCUCCAGGUGUCAUCGUCAUGGCGAUGGGUUCAGCAGGAGGCGGGAUUUCAGACGCCAGUAGCGCCUUCCAGAUGACCAGCGGUCAGCGGGCCUUAACAGACUGCCAGCAGCACACUAACUCCUCCCCCUGCCCCUCCUCUUCCUCGCCCUCGUCGUCGGGGGUAACGACAGGAGGCGUGUCGUUGUCGUCAUCGUCGUCGUCGUCAUCGGGGACUGUGGCCAAGAGGAAGAGGAAGCGGUGCGGCGUGUGCGGGCCGUGCAGGCGGCUCAUCAACUGCGGCGUCUGCUCGUCCUGCCGCAACAGGAAGACGGGUCACCAGAUCUGCAAGUUCAGGAAGUGCGAGGAGCUGAAGAAGAAACCGGGAGGCGGCGUGCUGGAGCGGCCACCCUCCGUCCCAACUGGCGAGGCGUUUCGUUGGUUCUUCUAAUCUUUCCUCCAUAUUUGGAGUCAAAAGCUUGAGGACCAUCGAGAGGACUCUCGCUAAAACGGACCACAACAAAAAGGGCCUGAAUUAAAUUCAGCUAAAACCACCGCAGCUUCAGGAUCUGGACCCGAAGCUUCCAAACAGGAUUUGAUUCUGUACAGAGGACAGAAAAACGCCCCAAAAUCCAACCUCAGCUGGACCAGGGAGCCCGCUGGAGGGAGGAGGAAGACGGGGGGGCAGUCUGGUCAGACAUUUAACUCCAUAUCGACUUAUCCUCAAUCAAUCAGUAAGACUAAAGUUUAGGUUUGAAGCAUGCUGGGAAAAAAAAAAACUUAAGGGCUUCAUCAGCACACUGUUAAACUCAUGAACAAAGUUGGACUUCUUAACCCGCGUCAGAAUUGGAUCAAGAAAGUAUGAUUUGUUGAAUUGGUAAUAUAUUUACACAAAAUGAGAUCAGUGGGCAUUAGCAUUGAGUAUUUUUACUUUUCAUAGCUAAAGUUUAGAAUGUAUCAGUAUGAAGGCCUUUUCUGAGUUCAGUCACUAUUCACCACUUAGAGCACUACAUGAAGCGUUUGACAUUUCUUUGGGUCUCCGAAUCUACAAUUCCAAAGCCUUGAAAUUCUCCCAAAAGUCUCUGCAAAAAAGGAAUGUACAUUGAUGCUCACUAGAUUGGCAAACAUAGACCACAAUGCAUUGUGUUUGAACAAUUUGUCAUUAAUAAAAUGUUUUAAAUUAAUUGUGUAUAAACCAUCUAUCAGAAAACUAUGGAUCCAUAAACAGUCUUCGUAAAAUGUUCACAUUUAUUAGUUUUUUACUUUAGCAAAUACAGGACAUCAUGUAUCUCGUUUGAAAAAUAGAAAACGGAUGAAAAUAGAAAAAGGAUGUGUUGAACGAAUUCGGUAGUCCCACGUUAUACAGUCUUUUACGGGUUAAGGACUAGUGAGAGAAUUCAGACACAAUCGAAAUGUCAGUUUGUUUAACUCAGAGAUGUUAGCAUGCUACUUCAACUAGCUGGCAUUAGCACGCUAAGUUAGCUCCAAGUUAGCAACUGUUCCGCUAAUUUGUUUGUUCAUUCAUGAAAAAGCAACCAACCUCACGACCAACAGUCAACGUCCAAACACAUGUCCACAUAACGUCGACCAAAAUCCUCAACCGGGCCAAUACUCCAACAUCACCACAGCAGUGCUUCUUCGGUCAAACCGGCUCCAUCUAAAUACCUAUGCCACCAGUGACAGACCUGCCUUCCUCCUCCUCUUCCUCCUCCCAGCCAACCACAAAGCCCACUGUAGCUAAACCAGGAAGAAUCAGGACUCAACCACAGACGGGUUCCGUUUGAACCAGAACCGCAGACCUCAACGAGGGAUUACAAACUGACCUCAACAGGAAGUGAUCCGAGACUGUUAACGUGGACCGCGACUUCCCCACAUCUGGACUACUACUACCACAUCACUGUUAUCCGUCUCUUCUGUCUACCUCCUCCUCAAGAACUUUUAAGGCACCUUGAUUGACUUUUUGGGCGGUGUUCACGAUGGUCUGACCCAGACUGCUUCUGAACCCUCUCCAUCUGAUCUCACUCAUGUGGAAUCUGGUUUCUGCUGUUGGUAGACUUCAUGAAGACUUUGAUUUCUCUGGAUUUCCAUGGAAAGUUCUCAGGGCUCAGUCACACCUCUGAUUUUAAACCAUGCAAAUCCGGCUUCAUCAGUGUUUUUGAAGUUUUUGUUUUUUACAAAAUGAUAAAUGAACAUCGCACUCAUCUCAGUUUGGUCAUGUGACUCCCUGAUCAGCACCUCACAGAGAGUUCAGAAGCAGUGUCCCAGUUCUUGUAUCAGUGCAUGUUCUACCACGCGGUGACCAGCAGGAGCCUCCAGCUGUGGUUGGAGGUCAGCAUGGAAACCUACAGGGAACCUCUGGAUCCCCGAGUUGAACUCUGGGGAAAAGAGGAACCAAACUAAACCCAAGAACAUUCCACAUUUCAACCAAGUCUUUUCCAACAUGUCUGCUGGUCAACUUUAACUUCAAAAAUACACAUUUUUGCAGAGUGCUGGGUUAGGAUUAGGGUAAUGGGUUCGGAUGCAGGUACCAGACGCGCACCCCAAGGUGCAGAUUGGUCCUCAUGAGCUUGAUUUUACGAACAGGAAUGGAAAGGUGAUUCACCAAAGCCAGAACCUCAAGAGCUGCAUUUAAGUUAUUCAAAAUACUUUCCAUUAAAGCAGAACACAAUUGUAAACAGUAUUAAGAUUUUUAAUCCUAACAGUAUUAAGAUUUACAGACAAAUCAGAAUUGUCAAUUUGGAAUUGCAAAUCAUCAUUUUUUGACGUGUUGGCUGUUCCCAUUAAAUCACGGGUCCCCAACCUCUAAUUUGGAAUUGCAAACUCCAAAUUGAUGGAAAAUACAAAUGUAUUUUUUUCUCCUAGCUUCAUAAGUUAAGAGAGGUGUUAACCCAUAGCACCGGAACUUUAGCUCCAGUGUUUACAUCCUUUGAACUACCGAAACUCUUGGUCUACCCGAUCAACAUAAAUCAACUGAUACUGAUGCAGAGAAAAUCGACUUGUGGCCGACUUGUUGGUUCAUUGACCGCUUUCUUUGUAUCGGAAUCCAGUGGAAUGCUAAUGCUAAUUGCAUAAAUGGUCAAAGAGUUUUGAUUGUUCAAAGAGCAUGUGUUGUUUAUGUGUUAAAUGGUUAAAGGCCCUUCUUAUGGACGCUGGUUGAUGAUGAACCAAUGAAAACCGUGGAUACUACAAUCUAUUGUAUGGUACGCCCAGACCUGAAGGGUCACCGUCCGAGUGAGAAGUGAUACCAGGUGAACUUGACCUAGUCCCACAAAUGUUCA